AUGUUAUUAAGAUACAACCCCCCACGAGGGAAACGAAGAAAUCGAAUCGAGGAUACUCAACACUUCUCAAAGUCAUCGAGAAAUCAAGUUUCGAUAUUCUCGCCUGCCCUCUGCCAAACCAACUGCCCCGCGACCUGUCUGUGCCACCUCGACCAAAUUCCAAGGGCUGUCAUGUGCGCGAGCCAGGGAUUGGACGCGUUCCCCGAAAAUAUCAGCGACAUGACAACGAGGUUGGAUCUGUCGGGGAACGCGGUGACGAGCAUCCCCGGUGACGGGAUCAACCGAUUGGCGGAGUUGGAAAUUUUGAAUUUGGCCGGGAACAAGAUAGCCUCGCUGCCUGACGACGUAAGCUCGUUGAAAAGUUUGCGAGAAUUGGAUCUGAGCGGGAAUGUUAUAAAGGAGACGUCCGAUAUCAGAUCGUUGGGACAAUUGCCGUCGUUGAAGGUACUCUACCUGUCGAGAAACCCGUUGUGCUCGUUGGACGGAUUGAUAAGCGGCAGCCUCGAGGCCCUGGACGCCGGCCAAUGCGGAAUAAGGGUGUUGGGCAACUCGUCCCUGGACGGCCUGCCGCAACUCACGAUGCUUACCCUCGUUGGAAAUCCUUUGACGACCAUUCACGACACGUGGAGCCCAAAAUUAAAAUGGUUGGACGUGUCCGAUUGCCGGUUAAACUACUUGCGGCCCGAUACCUUCGCUGGAUUUCCGGCCCUCGACGAGCUUCUCAUAUCCAACAAUCCAACUUUGGUGUACAGCAUGAGAAAUACGACGUUGACGCAUCAAGGAUUGAGAAAGCUGGACGCGUCGAGGUGCAAUUUGGACAGGCCGGGCCUCCACGGUUUUCCCUCGUUGACGCACGCCCGAUUGACCCGUAACGCGAUCCGAAUACUUCCCGAUCGAAUAUUCGCGAGGAACAGGCAACUCGGUUUCCUCUACUUGAACGGGAACGGGCUCGAAACGUUGAACGCGAGCACGUUCGAGGGCCUGGUGAAGCUUCAAACGUUGGACCUGUCGGCGAACAAUCUGGAGAAAAUUCAUCCGUACACCUUUCACGAGAACAUCGAGUUGAAAAUGUUGAAUUUGUCGUACAACGUUUUCUACGAGUUGCCGAAACUCACCUCGGCCGUGACAACGUUGGACGCCUCGUCGAAUCUGAUCAACCGUUUGAACGCGAAUUUGUUCGCCAAUAUGCCGAGGUUGAGAAACAUCGAUUUGAGCGAUAAUCGUAUACAAAAGAUACCGUCCGGAUUGAGAUCGAUUUCGUUGAGGAAUUUCGAUCUAAGGGCGAACAGGAUAGUCGAAUUGGCGAAUGACACUUUUCUCCUCUUGCCGCAGCUUAGAAGGAUCGAUCUAUCAGGAAAUCGAUUGACAGAGAUGACAGAUCCAGAAAUCUUUCGAAACAAUCCAAAUUUGGAUAUUAUACAUUUGGAGGAUAAUCCGUGGCGUUGCGAUUGCAACGAAUUGUUCGUUAUGUAUAAUUACUUGACGGAACCACCGGGAAAAACAUUGGACCAAAGUUUAAUUUGUCAAAGUCCGUCGAACGUGUCCGGUUAUAGUUGGCUGGUCGCUUGUUUCGACGCAUGGCAUAAACCAUUUGAUUACAACAAGGACAGAUCAUGGGGAUUCGCGAUGAUCGUUAUUCUCACGCUCAUCAUAUUAUUCGGUAGCUUCGUGUCCAUUAAACACAUGAUGAAGAUAAGGAGAAGGGCUAUCGAACAGAGACGACAAUUAGAAAACCUUAGUUUAUUGAGACAAAGAAGGAAUCAAACACAAGUUACGGUAGAAGAAACCGUCGAACACCGACCAGAACCAAGAAUCAAUCCUCUUGAAUUGAUAGAACCACCCAGUUACGAAGAAGCGGUACAGAUGCCGAGAUUGACUCAAUCUUUGGACAAUUUGGAUAAUAUUUCGGUGGAAACAUCUUCCGUGCGUAUUAUGGGUUCCGUCGAUAACAUAAGGAACAAACAGAGAAGAGGGAGGAAAUCGAAGAGAAUUCAGAGCGUGGAUGAUUUGCUGAGGAGGGAAGAGCGGCGGCAAGAGAGAAUCAGGAGGGAAAGGAAUAACUCGGCCGAUAACAACGAGACCAGUUUACCAUCGAGUCAAAGAAUAUGCGCAACGCGUAGGGCGAGAAGGCAGAGUGUAAUAAGCGAUACAGUGGAAUCAGGAAGCGGAAGAAUUCGAGCCAAACCGCAAACACCGAGUACAAGAAAAAGAAGACAAAAGUGCACAGUUUACAACGGCCAUUCGACCGAUGAUGAAGACUCGGAACCAGUCGAUUCGCGUAAAUCGAUCGUCAUCAGGGAGCUUCGAAGAGAGCCGAGAAGCGGUUACAGAGAAUCCACGGUAGAGCCCGAUUCCUGCGAUUAAUUAAUUCGUUAUUAGUGAAAAUAAAUUUUUUUUAAGAUUAUUGUUGACAAUUUUAUAUUUUUAAUAAAUUUAAUAGUUUU